AUGAAGCCCAUUGUUGUUUUCGCUCAUCAUCUUCCAACUUUGCCACCGAUGGAAAAGUUAGCAUAUCUACCACAGAAGUUCGGUGUACCUCUUCUGCGCGGUAUUAGGCCAUCAACAUACCUCACUCUCAAAGCAAAUUACUGCGCUCCCCCGCCUCAGGAGCCAUUUGCGCCUAUCCCGGGGCGCUUCCCUAAAUGGGCAGCUAACGGAGAAGAGGCAUUUGGCUUCUUGAAAAAUGGCGCUAAUGUGUUUGUCCAUGGUGGGGCAGCUACGCCAUCUAUCAUUUUAAAGGAGUUUUAUGAUUAUGUCGUUGCCAAAGAUUUGAGAGAUAUCAAGCUUUUCCACAUCCAUACGGAAGGCCCUUUCCCUUUCCAUGAUCCGGCUGCUGGGGGUCGGUUCCGUUCAAAUUCCCUGUUUACUGGUAGCAAUUGCAGGGAAGCUAUAAAAGAUGGUCGCGCCGAUUACACUCCCAUCUUCCUGAGCGAGAUACCUCUGCUUUUUCGUCGGAAAUUCGUUCAGCUUGACUUGGCCCUACUGAAUGUAACUCCGCCAGACAAGCAUGGAUAUUGUUCCCUUGGCCCAAGUGUGGACGUGACACGUGCCGCUAUUCAGAACGCCACCCACAUCGUCGCUCAGGUGAAUGAUCAGCUUCCUCUCACACGAGGUGAUGCGAGUAUUCAUUUCAGCAAUCUGACCGUGUUGCGCCCUGGCUCUCAACCUUGUCACCAAAUGCAACCCAGAGAAGCGUCAGAAGCGGAGGAUAAAAUCGGCUCAUACAUCGCCGAGGAACUGGUGGAAGAUGGAUCUACUUUGCAAACUGGUAAAUGGACUUUUCCUUUCCUUGGCUCUUUUCAUUUAUACGCGUCAUCUGCCACGUAG